AUGGCUCCGUCGCACUUUGAUCCGCACCCCCCCUCGCAGGAUUCUGGUGGUGCUCCAAUUCUGGAAGUCUGCCGUACUCUUGCCGCCCGAGGCCAUGUCAUCGAGUUCGCGACUCUCGAGGGGCGUGCCGACCUUGUUGCGGCAUACCCUUUUGCCUCAACCGCCCACCUGGUCAGCCGUGCCGUCACACCCAGCGAGGAUCGGCAGCUUUACGGCAAGUUCAGCAGAUGGGACAGCAAGACGCAGCGCGGUCGCAAUGAGACGAUUGAGUGCAAAAAGUUCUACGACGACCAGACAUAUCUCGCUGGCGUCCACUCUAUGCCCUCCCUCAAGCCCAAACAGGACAGUCUCGUGCUUGUCAACUCGUUCUGGGGCCUCGAACCCGCAAAGGAUGUACCGCCACUCCUGCAACCCGUUGGUCCUCUUCUGUCAGACGGCUACACGCCACUCAAUGACACCACUCACAACUUCCUAAACACCAAAACCUCUGUCGUCUAUGUCGCCUUUGGCACCCAUGUCAUUCUCACGCCCGAGAAAGUGGACAGGCUGAUGCGAGGGCUUUGCUGUGCUCUUGAGCAGGCGAACCAACACCCAUCUUGGCUCAUCCUGCAGUACGCCCCCCAGAGGGCAGUCUUGGAUCAUCCGUCCACCACCCUGUUUGUGACCCAUGCCGGGCCAUCGUCAGCCAACGAGGCCCUGUUCCAUGGUGUUCCAAUGGUCUCUAUGCCCUUUCACGGUGGUCAAAUUCAACAUAAUCUUCGCCCGGUGGCCGCUGGCGUUGCCAAGGGUGUUGACAAGGCUAUUUUCACACCCGCCCAACUGGCGUCCACAAUCUCUGCCAUGAUGGUCGAUAGCGACGGUGAAAUGCACAUCAUCUUUUCAUCGGAACGGUCCGCUUCGUUGGUGUAA